CGCAGUCCCAAAGUAGAGUUCCCGACGAUAAGCCGUGUAUGGCGUACGAUUGCUCCCAAAUUGGGUUUCGUUGAAUUGCAUCCCCCCAUGUUCUUGCGAUCCUUUGAGAUGAUCGAGUUUAAAGAGCUUACAUGGAGUUCGGUUCGAAGUGAAACGGUGGUCACUGUUAUUAAUUCGUCACAACUAUCACUCACGAAUGUUGAGUGAUAACAUAAGGGGAUCGUGUUCAAAGUCGAACUAUCUGAAGAUCUCGUGCAAAUAUCCAAGGCGAAAAACUCGUUUCCGAAUUGAUGGUGUAUAGUUAUUAUUAGUAGUACUGGUUCAGCUGGUGGUUUGGAGUUGAAGGCGAAGUUUCGAGUGAGAAAGAGGGUGGAGGUCCCUACCCCGCACGGCCUGGCGAGCUCCAAGAGUGUGUCGAUCGCGGGUCUCCGCAGUGCCGUGUAGUGCGAAGAAGAAAUCAAACAGGAAAAACCAGUGAUACUGAAAUCGAAAAGAUUUGUGGAACGUGCGCUAAAGAAGUGCGAUUGGUCAAAAGUUGCCAAUAUUUUUGUUGUUGCUGGAGGUUGGCGAUGAAGAAAGAAUCGCAGUAUUAACAAAAGAAGGAAAAGAGUUGCACGGGGCCAAGCAUUGAACGCCGUGUGCAGAAGUGAGGUGUUUUUGGAGUCGCCGUUUUUGCAGUUAUCUUAUGCAGUGAUCGUGUGAGCAGAAAGAGAAAUAUCGGAGCAAUCUUCUGACAAAGGCAGACAUCCAACGCAUUCUUCUCUAACGGUUCGACCGUCAUCUAUGGCAUAAUUGAGGACACAUCCAUCGCAAUUACAACCGAUACAGUUGUAACACGACACCUAUGUGGACGUAAAUUGAAGUGUUUUUCUCCCGAUUAAUCAUUCGAAGUGGAGUGGCGCGUGGUGGCUGAAAGAGUGGAUGAUUGAGUUGGGCGACUGAUUGCAGUGUUUCAGAUAUCAAACAAAAAAACUGUUUGAAGCACCCUCUCGUCUGCCCAAAACUCCCCCAGAAGAGGUUGUUUUUAUUUGACAAACACCGGAUCACUACAGUACGAGCGAUUGUUAUUGGUGCGUAAUUACAAACCCGUUCCAGCAAGGGCCACAGGCUACGCGUGAACUUGCCCAAAACGGAGCUAAGACAAAUUAAAAGUGCGAGUGAGGAGAGAAAAGUGAGAAAGCAAACAAAGAAGGUUUGAACCUCAAGCCCGAAAUCAACCGUGAACCCGAUCCGGGCCAGACCACAGCGCGCUGGCGAGGAGAACAUACGAAGAGGGCUCAACAACAUAUCGCUUCUUUCGCUCCCUCGUUGCUGGUGUGGAACGAGCGAAACGAGAGCAUCACGAAUCCUCCCGCGGGACCAUCAUCAGUCAUCGUCGGAACGGCCUAGGUGACGCGCACGCUUUUCCGCUUGCGCUGGGAUCCCAUUUCUCCCAAGUUGGACUUCUUGAACGAUCGAUGUCGAGUGUGCGCGCGUGCAUUUACAAGCCCCAGCUGCUCACGGGUAACGCUUUCCAGAUAAUUUAAUUCACACACCCGAAACACGGUUAUGUAUUGUUGUUAUUGGGACCUCGGUUGGAUCACCAUAAGAAAGUGGCAGCAGCAGCAACUGCGGUCGCGGAACAGUGAGUGGUUAAUCAGAUCCGGGCACACAGUUGGAGAAGAAGUGAUUGUUUUCUAGAAGGCCUUCCCUGGCAAGCGAAGAAACAGUGAAGAAGCGGGUGGCUGGUUGCAGCCACUCCUGAAGUAGAGGAAGAUAAAGUGAUUUCAUCCACCACUGAGAAAACCUGUUUUAGGUCCGUGAAAGGGCAGCUGCGUGAUUCCACUUUAUGUUCCGUCUAGGUAUCUGCCGGUCUCCAGUAAGGAGGUUGCACCACUCUCGAAAGUGUUGUCCGUGUGUGCAGAGACUUGGUCAAUCCAGUGUGACCAAGAUGUGAAACGAGCGAGUACGACUGAGCUGGAGUGCGCGAUAACGCCUUGAAGUGAAGUGAAGAACUCUCGUCGUCGAUAGGCGGUAAACCAUCGACUAACUGCGCAAUGCCCUAUCAGAGCGGCCGGUGGCACCACCCUACUAUAUUAGGUGCUUGAUCUGAAGAGGUAAUUCUGGCGAAUCGGUGUGCCAAUUUGAACCACCUUGUGCUGCAGAAUUGGUUUUGUAGAAAGUGAGAAGCUGACUGCACCCGCACUAGCAGGGGUACACAUCGAUCACAACAAAAGUGCCCUUCGGUGCAAGUGAAGUGAAACUGAAAUCGAGGUCCUAGUGCCCGUACAUGAAAAUACAGGUUUUCAACGAAAAAGUGGUUCGAACGGGAAAGGCAUCUGGAAGGUGAUCCGGUUUUUUCGGACGCCGGGAAGCCCGACAGCCCGGCAAGGCCUCCUAAAUGAUUCCGUGCGUGAGCUUGACCGAAACCAGUGUCCUUGGUAAUAUGAAAGAGCGCGUUAAAGAGAUGCGCGUCUUCGGUUGUCGAUUAAACUUCUGGAACAAUGUUACCGCUAAUUUUAGCAAUAAAGGUAACGGAAGUUCACCCGCCCAAAACUCGUCUCGAAGCAUCAGCCCCAACACGCAGACCCAUCAUCCGAACGGUCACCUGCAGCAGGGGUCGCAUCUCAUCUCGGGCACCGGAUCGGAUCGAACGUCACAGCAGCAGCAGCAGUCGCCGAGCCAACCCGGCAAUCAGUCACCGCAGUUGCUAUCCCAUCAGCAUCCGAACCAGCAGAAUCCGCAGCAGCAACAGCUUCAGCCUCAGGGCCCCAACUCCCAGCAGUCUUCCCACUCGCCCUCGCUGCAGCAUCAACAGCUACAGCAUCAGCAGUCUUCCCAGUCACAUCACCUCAACAGCAGUUCGAGCAGUUUAGGCAACAUCACGCCCACCUUUGCUCAGCCCCAGUCCCCCACACACUCAUUCAAAACGGCGUCCAUCAACGGUGCAGGUCAUCAUACGAACGGAGGCGAGCUAAAUAUGCCCGGUGGUCCGACUGCAACGCCCGGAACACCAAAUUCAAAGGCUAAGGAUGUCUCGCCUCGGGUCAAGAUCGUGGUAGCACUGUACCCCUUCAAGGCAAUCGAAAGUGGCGAUUUAUCGCUGGAAAAGAACGCCGAAUACGAGGUGAUCGAUGACUCCCAGGAGCACUGGUGGAAAGUAAAAGAUCAGCACGGUACCAUUGGAUACAUUCCCAGCAACUACGUCAAGGAGAAAGAAUUGCUUGGAUUGCAAAAAUAUGACUGGUACGUGGGGGACAUGUCCCGCCAGAGAGCUGAGUCGUUGCUCAAACAAAACGACAAAGAAGGUUGCUUCGUGGUGAGAAAGUCAUCUACCAAGGGCCUCUACACUCUAUCGCUACAUACCAAAGUACCCCAAUCCCAUGUAAAACACUACCACAUCAAACAAAAUGCACGCAGUGAGUUCUACCUCUCGGAGAAGCAUUGCUGUGAAUCGAUUCCGGAUUUGAUCAACUACCACCGGCACAACUCCGGUGGUCUGGCGUGCAGACUGAAGACUUCCCCCUGCGAUCGGCCAGUGCCGCCAACUGCCGGUCUAUCUCAUGACAAAUGGGAAAUCCAUCCCUCGGAACUGAUGAUUUUGGAGGAGUUGGGUUCCGGCCAGUUUGGCGUCGUAAGACGAGCCAAGUGGCGUGGUUCCAUCGAUACGGCCGUCAAAAUGAUGAAGGUCGGAACCAUGUCCGAGGACGAUUUCAUCGAGGAAGCAAAAGUUAUGACAAAACUCCAGCACCCGAAUCUGGUACAACUGUACGGCGUAUGCUCCAAGCACCGACCCAUCUACAUCAUCACCGAGUACAUGAAACAUGGUUCCCUUCUCAACUAUCUGCGAAGACAUGAGCAGUCGUUGAUCGGAAACAUGGGUCUCCUGCUCGAUAUGUGCAUACAGGUCUGCAAAGGAAUGUCUUAUCUCGAACGACACAACUACAUCCAUAGGGAUUUGGCCGCGCGUAACUGUCUGGUUGGAUCGGAGAACACCGUCAAAGUGGCCGAUUUUGGAUUGGCCCGGUACGUGCUCGACGACCAAUACACCAGUUCUGGCGGUACCAAGUUCCCGAUCAAGUGGGCUCCACCAGAGGUACUGAACUACACCCGAUUCUCGUCCAAGAGUGAUGUUUGGGCGUACGGUGUUCUAAUGUGGGAGGUGUUCACGUGCGGAAAGAUGCCCUACGGUCGCCUAAAGAAUACGGAAGUGGUGGAACGCGUUCAGCGAGGAAUUAUUCUAGAAAAACCCAAAGCAUGUGCAAAGGAAAUUUACGACGUGAUGAAAAAGUGUUGGUCCCACGGCCCCGAGGACAGACCUGGCUUCCGGAUACUCAAGGAUCAGUUGGCAGCCGUUGCUCAAGGUCUCACCGAUUAAGCCAAUCUCUUGCUGCAAUGCAGUUCUGCAAUCUUCAACCACAAAUACAUAGACCCACAGCCACACCCACAUACACACAAAUACGUCGUAUAUAAUAUACACAUAUGGAACAAGAAUGAAAAAAAUACCAAUUUUAUCCUAGAGUCAGUAGGGAAUUCUGUUGUCUUUUCAAAGCAUCUCUAUACGUCGUGCAUCCUACUGCUGAACGAUAUUCGAUAGUGAGUUUGUCCAUUUCUUUAUUAUUAUGAAGACCGAUAUCGUGCGCUUACACAAAAACAAAGCGUGAACUUGACCAUAUCUUUGAGAUAGCGAAGAAAUGCGGUUUCCUACCGCUACCACCACCACCCAGUACAUAAACCGAUAGCCAAAACUGAAUGCAGUUCCCAACAACUGAGAAAAGUCGAAACAGACGUGAGCAAAAAAUUUAAACACUCCAGUUAAUAGACUUUACUAGUAGAUAUUACAUAACUUCAAGUGUUAUACAAAACUGUUUAUUACAGUAAUUCUAACUUUCAGUAUGAAGUCCUUUUCGGUGCUGAUAUCGUUUAAAAUUGAAGGGACUUAAUCAUUCCUUUGCAACUCGAACUUCUCAUAUUUUUCAAAAUUCCUAUAGUUUUCGUUACACAUUCAUUGACUGAUGCACACAACAAAACCGUUCACACAAAAUAGGAAGCGUUAUCGUGGAGCCAGUUACUAAUACACACACUAAAUGCAAAUGUUAAUCAAAAUCAAAAUAGGUUUUCCCCCCCAAUUUGCCAACUGAUAGUGUUAUUGGAGCAAGUUGGUUAGCGAAAAGGAACAUGAAUAAGCAAAAAAGAUACAAUAAUUUUUGUGACUAUUAUUGAUUAGGAGAAAAGAGUUUUGGAUAACCGAUGAGUGAUGAGUCAUCUGGUCCACGGAAUGAGCUAAGGAACACGGAUAAUAGAUUUUUUGUCUUUUCCAGUCCUCAAUUGGGGUUUUAGCAAACGCUCAAUGACUAGAACUUUUUUAUUUUGUAUUAACACCCGAUAGUCUAGGUCUUUUGGAAAGCAAGGAAACUCAUUUUGGUUUAAUUUAAACAUUAUUGUAAUGCUUCAAUAAAUUUUAUUCUUUUUAUGUACGGUGAAUUUCAUUCAAACCCCAAAUUUCUAGGUAUGUUGGUUGACGAUAGAAUGUAAAGGUUACAGCAUUUUUAAAUCGUUAAUUGUGGAUGGUUUUCAACAUUGUUUUCUAAGAAACAUAAUUACAUUCAGUAUCUGUGGACCAUGGCACGUUAAUGAGUAACUUUCUUAUCAUUGUUAUCUACAAAUCUUUCCAAUAACAUUUUAUUAAUAUAAAUUAGGGUAAUCGGUUUAGAAAUACCCUACUCAAUAUUGUGCUUGUUUAGAUCAGAAUCUUCAAAUCGUCCAAGCUUUGGUGGUUCAAUAUGAACGAGCAAAAUGAAUUUUGUUCUCAAAGUUCGUCAAUGAGAGUAGAAAAAAGCAGAGCUAUGUUUAUAUUACGAAUUGGUAUUUACUUUCUAGGAAACCUUGAUUUUCUGGUGUUAAAAUGCAUUAUCUCUCAGUUUUUGAGCAAACAUUUAGUAGAAAACGGUAGUUUGUAAGGGAGACGUCAUAACGUGACGAGAAGCAGAAGCAAGAAAGCAUAAGUGAUAUUUAAUAUCUUUAGUUUACUUUUAAGAGAUGUUUAUUUAACUGUACCGUGUUUGUGUCUACUCGGAAUCGAAUGCAUUAUUUUAGACGAUCCUAGUGUUUUCUUUACCAGAUUUUCCUUCGUUCUGUCUCCCAUCACUAAAGCCAUUUAUUCUGAAUAAAUUGAGUGAGCUUAUCAUUUUUUGUGUAUGCAUAGUUCAAGUACAUUUCUCGUAAAAGUUUUUUUUUGUUUAAAUGUAGAUCAUCAUUUGAUUAUUCAUUUCUUCCAGUUAGCAACAAACAAAACAAUAACUAGACCACGGGUCACAUGAAAGCAAACGUAUUCGCAUGAUUACAUGUUUCAUGUGCACGAGAUAGUUAGCAUUAUUUAACGAAUUUCAAUAAUGCUUGUAUUCGAAAAAAAAACACAAAUAUGCAAGAGAAAUCAAGAAAUGCCAUUUUUACAAUACUUGAGUAUAGGACUUUAAUGUUUAAAACUAAACAAAGCAAAUUAUAGCAGAAAGAGAAAAUCACACAAACAAGCAUAUAAACCUAUUAAAACAUAAGCGUAGAAUUGUACGGAUUUAAAAUCGAGUCAAUAUUCGUAGGAUUUGAAGCAACCGAUAGUUCCAGUGAGAGACUAUCCCGAUACAGAAGAGCAACAUGCUAUUGAAUCAAAAGAAGGUAAAAACCAUUAUACCUAAAACAGAGUACUCAUGAUGAAUUGUCGAAUACCACAUUUUUCGAAUCAUAUUAUACAUCGUUUUUACGUAAAAGAAAAGCAAGUCUACUGCUGUAUGGAUUUCUCAUCAUUGAGAUAAAAAAGGAAAUCAAAUUGAAACCGUUAGAGUAAUAUAUCUUAACCCGAGCAUGGUGGUACGAUGCGUGCCAGGCGUUUCUCGCCUGGUAUGUAUAAACAGAAAACAGGAUUGUAACAGCAACAAAAUGAAAAACAACAGCAACAAACAAUAUGGAUGGAUGUCUUUUAUUCGCAAUCACAACUAAACCAAUACGAAUGAAACAAAAUCGAAUGAAGAUUAUAUCUUGUAUGAAAAAUA